AUGACAACUCCUCAUUCAUUGCUCUCCGCCGAGCAAAUAGACCAGUACUUCGAGCGUAUCCAACUUCCCGCGCAGUAUCGGAACAACCGUCCCGCAUUGACCCCUCAAUUCCUCUUCGCACUGCAAGCACACCACAUCACAGCAAUCCCUUACGAAAAUCUAUCACUGCACUAUGCGUUCGAUGUACAGGUUGACCUCAAUGUCUCUUGCAUCCAUACAAAGCUUGUUCAGAGGCGUCGCGGUGGGUAUUGUAUGGAGAAUAACAUCCUGGCCUACCAUGUCUUGUUGUUCUUGGGGUUCGAGGUCUAUCUCACGGGUGCGCGGCUGUUCCGAAAAAUGGAGAGCCCACUUGGAGGCUGGUCUGGCUGGGAGCACUCGGUGAAUCUGAUCACGUUGCCGGAUCAGAGUCGAUAUCUGUUCGAUGUCGGUUAUGGAGGAAACGGACCUCGAUGUCCACUGACUCUUUCUAAUGGCAAUGUUACACCUAAUCUUGGGUCACAAUGUGUCCGACUCGUGCGUGACAGUCUGCCAGGCUCGAGGCAACAAAUGUGGAUGUAUCAGUUCCGCAAUGCCGACGACCAAGACUGGAUUUCUGGCUACGCAUUCUCUGAGAUAGAAUUUUUUUUGCGAGACUUCGAGGUCAUGAAUUUUUUCACGAGCCGGAGUCCUGGUUGUUUUUUGACUAGUAAGCUGCUAGUAGUCAUGUUUCUCCGGGACGAGGAAAGAAUUUAUGGGAAGAUUGUAUUGGACCACGAUCAAGUAAAGCGGAAUUUGGGCGGGAAAUCUGAAGUUAUUCAGAUAUGCUAUACAGAAGAUGAAAGGGUUGAGGCACUUGAGAAAUAUUUUGGCCUUCAUAUAUUAGUGGAGGAGAAGGCUGCCAUCAAGGGGAAAUCGUCAUCGCUACCUAUAGAAUAG